UCUAUAGAGACAGAAUCAUUUCAAGCUUCUCCGACAGAUGGCGAGGCACCCGUGGGUGACUUCAGGUUGAGAAACGGGCGCCCUCCUCCUGCUCUUUCCUGGGGAGGAAAAGGAUGCUGAUGCUGACAGGAAAGCGUGGAAACCAACCGACAGCCAGCACAGCGCGCUUUCGUGAUGUCCUUAUUUUAACUCCGCUCGCCAAUGUCAGAAGACAUCAACGGGGAAAGCCUUAAGAAGCGCGGCUCAAGGUGGUUUUAGACCGGGCGUUGUGAUUUGUGAUCAGCUUAAAACAGUUACGGAUUGCGAGCUAAUUUAAAAAAGAACAGACGGCAAGUGGAAAAUCAAGUUGAUAAUCCACAACAUAACAGUUCAUCAGUUCUUCCGCCGAGCUAUGUAGUUCGUCAACAGUAGCAAACAAAGUUGUUGCUAAGCGACAAUGAAGUCCGUCCGUAUCGGUGGCGUUUUUUUGCGGUCUCGCGCAUUGAUAUUUAAAUUAACCGUCAGGUGUGCGAUAAUUUACAACGGUUUCGAAGGCACGUCAGCCAAUCAAAGCUGAGGGCCGGAACUAAUUUUUCCUCAUAAACGUAAAUAACCCAACUAGCCAGCACCUAGACAGCUGUUUAGUACUGGGAGUAAGCUAGCUUGUUCAUGACCCGUCUUUCCGUCAUCGAAAGGCUCCACGAGGAUUAGUUUUGAUUUACCUGAAAGCUUAAGCUAACUCCGUUGGACUCUUGUUUGCCACCUGACCACUCGAGUCGAUUUCCCUCCCCCUUGUAAUUGCCAUUUUCCAAUGAUGACAGAGCUGUCGCAGGGACACGUUGAUGGCAAACAUCCUCUGUCACUCAGGCAGUACUGUAUGGACAGUCUUUGGAGGUCUACUAAACCAAACCUAUGUUUAUGAUGAUGGGACCUUGGACAGAAGCGGGAACACAGCCAGAGGCAGCCAUGAGCCCUCCACGCCGACCAUCGAGUUCCCAUGGUGACAGCAGGCCCUCCACUGAGACCCUGCAGAAGAAUAACAGCAGCAACUCAGGUGUUAUUCUGGACAUCUCGGCUCUCAAGAUGGCAGAUGUGGAUUCAGAGGUGCCUCCUCUUCCGCCUCGCUACCGCUUCAGGGACUUACUGCUGGGGGACCAGACAUUUCAGAAUGAUGACAGGUAUCAGGAGGAGUACAGUAUGGACUCAACCAAUGCCCAGGUGCAGGUGGAGUUCUACGUGAACGAAAACACCUUUAAGGAGAGGCUGAAGCUUUUCUUCAUCAAAAACCAAAGGUCAAGCCUGAGAAUCCGCCUGUUCAACUUCUCAUUGAAGAUUCUCACUUGUGUCCUGUACAUAGUGAGAGUCAGCCUGGAUGACCCCAAGGAUUUAAAUGGCAACCCAUGCAGUUCAAUGUGCCAGAACAACAGUUUGACAAACACAGCAGAGUCAUCAGAAAUCAAGUGGGACCUGAUUUUCUGGGUGAACAGAAGGGAGUCGGUGUGGGCGAUACAGGUGUCGGUGGCCUUAAUCAGUUUCUUGGAGACCAUGCUUAUCACAUAUCUCAGCUACAAGGGUAACAUUUGGGAGCAGAUCUUCCAGAUAUCCUUCAUAUUGGAGAUGAUCAAUUCAGUGCCAUUUAUAAUCACAAUCUUCUGGCCUCCAUUGAGAAACAUAUUCGUCCCUGUAUUUCUUAACUGCUGGCUUGCCAAAGGUGCCCUGGAGAACAUGAUUAAUGAUUUCCACCGUGCCAUCCAGAGGACCCACUCUGCCAUGUUCAACCAGGUGUUCAUCCUUAUCUGCACCUUACUGUGUCUGGUGUUCACUGGAGCUUGUGGGAUCCAGCACCUAGAGAGAGCAGGGAAGCACCUGACCUUGUUUGACUCGUUCUAUUUCUGCAUCGUCACAUUCUCCACUGUGGGCUAUGGGGACGUAACACCACAGAUCUGGCCCUCGCAGCUGCUGGUGGUCAUUCUCAUCUGUGUUGCCCUGGUGGUCCUCCCACUGCAGUUUGAAGAACUAGCGUACCUGUGGAUGGAGAGCCAGAAGUUAGGAGGAAACUACAGUCGUCAUCGCGCACAGACAGAGAAGCAUGUGGUGUUGUGUGUCAGCUCACUGAAGAUCGACCUGCUGAUGGAUUUCCUCAACGAGUUCUACGCUCAUCCCAGACUGCAGGACUAUUACGUGGUGAUUCUGUGCCCGACAGAGAUAGACAUUCAGGUUCGCCGUAUCCUCCAGAUCCCUCUGUGGUCUCAGCGGGUUAUCUACCUGCAAGGAUCUGCCCUUAAAGACCAGGACCUGAUGAGGGCCAAGAUGGAUGACGCCGAGGCCUGCUUCAUCCUGAGCAGCAGGAACGAAGUUGAUCGAACUGCUGCUGACCACCAGACUAUUUUGAGGGCCUGGGCUGCGAAGGACUUUGCUCCAAACUGUCCCCUCUACGUCCAGAUUCUCAAACCAGAAAAUAAAUUUCAUGUUAAGUUUGCUGAUCAUGUAGUGUGUGAAGAGGAGUUCAAGUAUGCCAUGCUGGCACUCAAUUGUGUGUGUCCAGCCACGUCCACCUUAGUCACGCUCUUGGUUCACACCUCCAGAGGACAGGAGGGACAGCUGUCACCAGAACACUGGCAGAAGAUGUAUGGCCGCUGCUCGGGAAACGAGGUCUACCAUAUCCGCUUGUGUGACAGCAAGUUUUUUGGGGAGUACGAUGGAAAAAGCUUCACCUACGCUUCCUUCCAUGCACAUAAGAAGUAUGGUGUGUGUUUGAUCGGGGUGAAGAGGGAGGACAACAAGAGCAUCCUCCUGAACCCCGGCCCCCGCCAUAUCAUGGCUGCCGCUGACACCUGCUACUACAUCAACAUCACCAAGGAGGAGAACUCAGCCUUCAUCUUCAAACAGGAGGAGAAGCACAGCAAAGGUCUGGCUGUCUCCGGCCUCUACGACGCCCCCUCCAGGCUGCCUGUGCACAGCAUCAUCGCCAGCAUGGUUGAUCAGGCCACUUCAUAUGGCACUGUAGCCAUAGAUCUCCAGAACCCCGAUCCCCCCGAGGAGAGCGGCAAACUGACCUUGCCGACGGAAAACGGCGCUGGGAGCCGCAGACCGAGCAUUGCACCUGUCCUGGAGAUCGCCGACUCCUCUGCCAUCCUGCCAUGCGACCUGCUCAGCGAUCAAUCAGAGGAUGAGACCAACCAGUCAGAUGAGGAGGGCUCUGUAGGGUCAGAUUUUGUGAAGGGAUACCCUCCCAACUCGCCCUACAUCGGCAGCUCUCCAACCCUGUGCCACCUCCUACCACAGAAAGCUCCAUUCUGCUGCCUUCGCCUCGACAAGGGCUGCACACAUAACAGCUUUGAGGAUGCCAAGGCAUACGGCUUCAAGAAUAAGCUCAUUAUAGUGUCUGCAGAGACCGCAGGAAACGGUCUCUACAACUUCAUCGUACCUCUGCGCGCUUACUAUCGGCCCAGGAAGGAGCUCAACCCCAUAGUGCUGCUGCUGGACUACCCGCCAGACAACCACUUCUUAGAGGCAAUUUGCUGCUUUCCAAUGGUGUACUUCAUGGCUGGCACUAUUGAUAACCUGGACAACCUGCUGCAGUGUGGUAUAAUCUACGCAGACAACUUGGUCGUGGUGGACAAAGAGAGCACCAUGAGCGCUGAGGAGGACUACAUGGCAGACGCCAAGACCAUUGUCAACGUCCAGACUAUGUUCAGGUUGUUCCCCAGCCUCAGCAUCAUCACUGAGCUCACACACCCAUCCAACAUGAGGUUCAUGCAGUUCAGAGCCAAGGACUGCUACUCACUCGCUCUCUCCAAACUGGAGAAGAUAGAGCGUGACAAGGGCUCCAACCUGGCCUUCAUGUUCCGGCUGCCGUUUGCUGCAGGCAGGGUGUUCAGUAUCAGCAUGUUGGAUACGCUGCUUUACCAGUCCUUCGUUAAGGACUACAUGAUCGCUAUUGCGAGGCUUCUCCUUGGUCUGGACACCACGCCUGGCUCUGGGUACCUGUGUGUUAUGAAGGUCACAGAGGAGGAUCUGUGGAUCAGGACUUAUGGCAGACUCUUUCAGAAACUUUGUUCCUCCAGCGCUGAGAUCCCCAUAGGGAUCUACCGCACCGAGUCACACAUGUUCUCAAGCUCAGAGUGCAAGGGCAGUUAUGUACAGUCUCAGGUGUCCAUCAACGUGGAGCAGGGCGAGGAGCAUCGUGAGCGUGGAGAGUCCUGGAAGGAGAAGACGGCCCACAGAAACUCCACCACGAGCAACCAAUCGGAGCACCCGCUGCUGAGGAAGAAGAGCAUGCAGUGGGCGCGGCGUCUGAGCAGGAAGAGCAACAAACCGUCAAGUCGAGCCGAGCGCAUCUCGCAGCAGAGACUCAACCUGUACCGACGCUCCGAGCGACAGGAGCUGUCUGAGCUGGUCAAGAAUCGCAUGAAGCACCUGGGCCUGCCCACCGUGGGAUAUGGAAGAACCUCAAAAGCUCAAGAUCUUCCUAAGAACCAUGAAAAGGAUGUUUCUAAUCUCACUGCGAGCGAUGUCAUGAAUCGAGUAAAUCUAGGAUAUUUGCAAGAGUUGCAGGACAUUUCAGAGCAUCCGUAUACAGAGGGAACCAGGCUGUCAGACGAGAUGAACGACCACCAGAACACGCUGUCCUACGUCCUCAUCAAUCCUCCUCCUGACACCAUGCUGGAGCUCAAUGACAUUGUGUACAUUAUCCGGUCUGACCCACUGGCACACAUGCCAGAGGACGCACAGGUGGGGCAGGCACGCAGCACAAGGAACCAGCAGGACUUUGGCACAGAGACAAGAGACGAGACUCAUCUCUGAAACAGAAGAAAAAAACAGCUGUCUAUUGUGAAUGUGCAUUAUGUGUCUCUCAGGCUCAGACCAGAAACAAUCAGACAGCGCUGAGAGACCUGUUGUUUCCCACUGAGCUGCUACAGGAGGAUGCAUGAAGAGUGCCUCGUCAUCCACCCCAACUCCAUUCACAUGCCUCUACUAACUGUACUAAUACACAUCGCCCUCGCUAAACAGUCUGGACCUGAGAACAAGGCACUGGAAAUGACUCCCUCAUCCCCACUAACCAAAGGUCUGAGAGGUUUGAUUGCUGUUGUGAGAGGUCUUUGGACAGUCAGAGGAUUUUUUUUUGUGCACAUAUAGGAUAUUAAACCAUUCUUUCGCCCAACAAUGUUUUGCUCAGGGGUGAAGUUGCCCUCACACCGUGACUCAGACCGACUUCCUCUACACCUGUUUCUACCUAAACUCACAAAAGAACUGAAUCUCGGGGCAACUACACCCUCCUCCACACCGUCACCAUCAUGUUUUUUAAAGAGAACGGUAAAUGCUUUGAAUUUCUAGCUCUUCAAGCAUUUACCAUGAAAUUACAAUACAUGUGCACUUUUCCUUAAUUUAUUACAGAUGUUUUAGUUUCUAUUGACUGUUUGUAUGCUCUUUAUCAGACAGGAUUUUCAUUUUCUUUAUGAGCACAAACUUUUUUACAACAAACUGUCCCCUGGCAUUUUUAAUCAGCCAUAUAAAAAAAUAUUUUCUGUUAUGUUUUUGGAAACUAAUUUUUGUUGUAGUUAUUGUUGAAAAGUGAAUAUUGUUAAUUUAUUUCACUAUUUUAAACAGUCUCAGAUUAUGUCUGCUCUACUAUAUGUGCCAUUUUGUUUAAGAUAUUUAUAUGUUUAAAUUUGUACAUCAGUGCCAUUCCGCAUCUAUUUUUAUGAUAUCAGUGUUAGUGUUUUUUAUUUUAGAACCUGGCCAAUACAUAAAUCAUACACCUGCAGUAUAGAAAUACCAAAAGAAUACCGGUAAAUGAGGGAUAUAUUCAUACAAAAUAUGAAUUACUCAUUUGUAUCAGCUAUUUCAACAAUCAUAAAUUAAGUUAAUGUUAAUAAUACAGGCUUGCCCACACCCUGCACUACUGAAUUUACUAGAAAUCAGUAUAGGUUAUUGUAAUUCUAUAAGCUACUUUUUUAAUUUAUAUUUCUUAUUUUCGUAGUUAAAUUUAAGAAUGUACUUGUUUAAUUUGUUUUGUUUAUAGUUGUUAUUUAUAGCUGUAGUGUAAUUUUUUCAGCUGUAAAAUGUCUCUCUACAUUUCAUGUUCACAAAUGUUUAAUAACCAAAUUUAAAGGAAUAGGUUAACAUUUUGUGACGUGCUUAUUUGCUCAUUGGAGAUUUAGAUGAGUAGCUUGACACCGCUCUCAUAUCUGUAUGAUAAAUAUAAAAGUAGAGAAAGCGGGAGAUUAGCUUAGCUUAGCAUAAAGACUAAGCUAAAGGAAGCAGCGGGAAACGUCAAGUACCACUUUUAAAGCUUGCUACCGUAACAUGUCAUAUCUUGUUUGUUUAAAACAUAUGUGAGGAUUAAACAAAAUAUAACAUAUACAUUUGUGAGCUUAAGACGUGCCAGUAGGCAGAUUUUGCUAGCUGCUUCCAGUGUUUAUGCUAAGCUAAGACAACCAUCUGGCUGUUUUUUGAUUAGUCAUGAGAGUGGUGUCAAUCUUCUCAUCUAACUCUCAGCAGGAUAGUGAAUAAGCGUGUAUUCCAAAUUUCCAAAGUGACAUUAAGAUUUCCUUAUCAGAAAAAACAAUUGUCAGAUAUAUCAUUAUCAAAUUGUUUUCAACUCAAAUAUCAAUCCAGUAUCGGUCAGAUUCUAGUGUUCUUAUUCUUUUACCUUGAAUUCAUUUGAUGUUGAUGGUAAAUCCUCCAGUAUCAGAACUCUUUAAUGAGUUGCAGGAGGACUGGCAGCAGAAGAGUUUUGCACUGAUAGGGUUAUGGUUAGUGAUCUAUCUGUAAUCUAUUUCCAAAUAUAUUUGGAUAUAUAGCUGAAAAUGAAGUGCUCUCUCUUCCAAAUUGUACAGGCCACACGUGUGUAAAGAGUGUCACGGUGCAGUAUUUGAAUCUUUUCAUUUGAUCAUUUCUCAGAUGUAUGUUUGGUUUGAUCACUGUAAAUAGUAACUAUUUAUUCACCGUUUUGCCAUUUAUUUUUCCUUUGUUUUGUUUCAAUCUCUUCUGUGUGAUUUUAAGAAAUGAAAGAGGACUUGAACUAUUUUUGCACUAAGCUCUGCGGGGAUGUCUAGAGCAAAUCAGCAUGACCCUUUAAGCUGAAUCUGUACAACACAGCGGACAGUAUUCAACCAUUCCUGUGAAGCAAAGACAGUCAGAUGUGCAGUAUUGUGCACAUGCACACCUUGCAGAUGUUUGCAAAGCUUACUUUAUGUGCCAUUUUUAUUUUUCAUGUCAAAGAUCAAGUGAUAGUUAUGAUGAAGUAAUCUAAAAUGUAUUGUUUUCUCUUUGAAAUCUGCCUUUUUUUUGUGGAGGAAUCAGCAUAAGCUUUUUUUCCAAUUUAUAUAUUUUGCAAAGAGUCCAAUUGAGAUGAACUGUUGAUCUUUGCUCAGUAGCCCCCCCCCCCCUCCCCAGAAUGGUCAGUUUACAGGGCAGGAGAGCUGAGGAGUGAAAGCAUGAUGGAGGAUACGAUCUGUGUGCUGAUCCAUUCAUUUAACGUCUUCCUGGGUCCUCACUUCACACAACUCCACAAAGAAAUCAAUUCAGAUCUCCUACUGUCCAUACUUACAAUACCACAAGGGGCAUGUAAACACACAAAAAAAAGCAUGUUUUGAUAUACAAGCUUGCCAAGAACAAUACAUUUUGUACAUUUAGCAGGACAUUUAGUGUGAUGUCCCGUCGCUAGAGAAACCCAUAAUCAAGUCAACUGCUUGCAAGUUGGAUCCAUUAUUUGAUACUGUGUAUUUAUAUGAAUGGAACAUGCAUGUCGUCUCGGUGUUAUCAAAAGCCUCCGUAUCAUGUUUACCUCCACUUUGUUUUUAGGUCAAGUGUCAAAAAGGGGUUGAUCCAUUUUGUACUAUUUCUUAUGAGAAGCGAGUGUCCUUCUACGUAUAUAAAAUAUGAACAAAUAAAUGCUGCAUGCAGCCAGA